CUGUAGUUCAGCGCUGCUGGGCGUUGGCUGGUGCGCGCGCCCGGGUGAACCAGAUCAAAACAGUUUAGAGUGAAGGUGAAAGUGGAGCCGCGUCUGUUCAGAGAAGAGAUCAUAAACAGAGAAAAGCUCAGAGUCUGAUUCAGAGAGAUCAGACUCACCUGAUCUCAGCUAAGAGUCCAUGAGGAGUCAGUGAAGAUCCAGAGAGAAGGAUGGUUCUACUGAGAGAGCAGCAUCUGCAGUGUGAAGAGUAAAACCUCAGUGAUGGAGCUUCAUCACUCCAGCAGUGGAGGAAGAACCUCUGAUUCAAAAGGGAAGCGUGCAGGAUCUUCAGAACCCAACUGUGUGUCUGAGAAGAGGUACCGGUCCAUGGAAGGAUUCAGCAGUAGAAGGAAAGGAACCACUGAAACAGGCCAGCGUUACACAGUGGAUGAUGUCCUUCAUAGACACAAAACCAGCAUGAAGAACAAGUAUGAGAAAUUAUUUGAGGGAAUCAAAGCAGAAGAGAAUAAAACCCUCCUGAACAGGAUUUACACACAGCUCUACAUUAUAGAGGGAGAGAGUGAAGGAGUGAAUGAAGAACAUGAGGUUCUACAGAUGGAGAAAACACCCAGGAAACACUUACAAGACUCUUCAGUCAACUGCUUAGAUAUCUUUAAAGCUUUACAAGGUCCUGACAUCAGAGCUGUGAUAAGUAAAGCUCAAAGACACAGAGAAAGAAAAGGAGAUAACAGACCAAAAGAGCCAGAGCUCAGAGCUGUUCUGACUAAAGGCAUCGCUGGAAUUGGAAAAUCUGUCUCUGUGCAGAAGUUCAUUCUAGACUGGGCCGAAGGAAAAGCCAAUCAAGAUGUAGGGUUCAUGUUUGUGCUUCCGUUCCGGGAGCUGAACCUGAUUAAAGAUGAUCAAUACAGUCUUCAUGGACUUCUUUGUGACUUCCAUCCUGAGCUCAAAGAUCUGGACCCAGAGAUUUAUGAUCAGAUCAAAGCUGUGUUUGUAUUUGAUGGUCUGGAUGAAAGCAGAAUUCCACUGAACUUUGAACAGUGUGAGAAAGUAUCUGACAUCACCAUGACAUCAUCAGUGGGAGUGUUGAUGACAAACCUCAUCAAAGGAGAGCUGCUUCCCUCUGCUCUGAUCUGGAUAACCUCCCGACCAGCAGCAGCCAAUCAGAUCCCUCCAAAAUACAUCAACCGUGUGACAGAAAUUCAGGGAUUCAGUGACCCACAGAAGGAGGAGUACUUCAGGAAGAGGAUCAGUGAUGAAAACCAAGCCCAGAGAAUCAACUCACACAUUAAGACAGUGAGGAGCCUCCACAUCAUGUGCCACAUUCCAGUCUUCUGCUGGAUCUCAGCCACUGUUCUUCAGCAAGUCAUGAAACAGCGUCAUACAGAAAUCCCUAAAACUCUGACUGAAAUGUACUCAUACUUCCUGAUCACUCAGACCAACAUUAAGAACGAGAAGUAUGAGGAGAAAUGUGAGAGAGACCCAAAGAACCUGCUGGAGUCCAAUAGAACCAUUCUUCUGAAACUGGCUGAACUGGCUUUCAAACAGCUGAUGAAGGGCAAUUUGAUGUUCUAUGAAGAGGACCUGAGAGAGAGCAGCAUUGAUGUCACUGAGGCCUCAGUGUUUUCUGGGAUUUUCACUGAGUUCUUUAGGAAGGAAUGUGUGCUGCACCAGAGGAAGGUCUACUGCUUUGUUCAUCUGAGCUUUCAGGAGUUCCUGGCUGCUGUUUAUGUGUUUCUGUGCUACGAGAACAAGAACAUGGAGGAACUGCAGACAUUUAAACCACUGAACAGAGAGUGGGCUGAGAAUGUUUCUCUGGAUGAGGUUCUGAAGGGAGCAGUGGAUAAAGCUGUAGAAAGUCAAAAUGGUCACCUGGAUCUUUUCCUCCGUUUCCUGGUGGGCAUCUCACUGGAGUCCAAUCAGAGACUCCUACAGGGUCUACUGACACCAACACAGAACAGCUCAGCUGAAACCAGAGAGCACAUCAAGAGUUUAAUCAAAAGAAAUGAUUAUGAUUUUGAUGAUUUUGAUGAUUAUGAUGAUUAUGAUGAUGAUGAUGAUGAUGAUGAUGAUGAUCAUCAUCAUCAAUAUCCCACCUCCACUGAGAGAUUCAUCGUCUCCACUGAGAGAUGCAUCAAUCUGUUCCUCUGUCUGUCUGAAAUGAAUGACCGGUCUCUCUCCAGAGAGCUUCAGGAGUAUCUAAAAUCAGACAGACACUUAGAGGUGAAACUCUCUCCUGGACAGUGUUCAGCACUAGCCUAUAUGCUAGUGAACUCUGAGGAGGUUCUGGAUGAGCUGGACCUGAAGAAAUACAACACAUCAAAGGAGGGUUAUAGGAGACUGAUCCCAGCUCUGACUGUAUGCAGGAAAGCUCGACUAAAUGGCUGUCAUAUCACAAAGGACUGCUGUGACACUCUCUGUGCAACGCUACAAUCCGUGAUCUCUCCUCUGAAAGAGCUGGAUCUCAGUAAUAAUGACCUGCAGGACUCAGGGGUGGAACUGCUCUCUGCUGGACUGAAGAGUUUACACUGUGUACUGGAGAUACUCAGACUAGCUGGCUGUAGUCUCACCACAAUCUCCUGUGAAAAUAUAUCAUCAGUUCUACAAUCAGCAAACACUUGUCUGAAAGAGCUAGACCUCGGUAACAAUGACUUGCAGGAUUCAGGAGUGGAGCUGCUCUCUGAUGGACUGAAGAACACACACUGUAAACUGGAGAAACUCAGAUUAUACAUCUGUAGCCUUGGUGAGAAAGCUUCUGAAGAUCUGGGAUCAGCUCUACAAUCAGCAAACACAUCCCUGAAAGAGCUGGACCUCAGCAACAAUGACCUGCAGGAUUCAGGAGUGGAGCUUCUCUCUGCUGGACUGCAGAACUUACACUGUAAACUGCAAAAACUCAGAUUAUCUGGUUGUAUGGUUACAGAUGAAGGCUGUUCUUUGCUGGCUUCAGCUCUGAAAUCAAACCCCUCCCACAUGAGAGAGUUGGAUCUGACCUAUAAUAAUCCUGGAGAGUCUGGAGUGAAGUUGCUAUCUGAGCUACUGAAGGAUCCAGACUGUGCACUUGAGAAACUACAGGUGGAUCAUGGAGGGAAGAUCAGGAUGAAACCAGGACUGAAGAAAUAUGGGUGUGAUCUCACUCUGGACCCAAACACAGCACAAAGUUCUCUCUCUCUGUCUGAGAGGAACAGAAAGGUGGAGGCUAUGUGUAAUAGUCAGCUGUAUCCAGAUCAUCCAGAGAGAUUUGAGUACUAUGCUCAGGUUCUGAGUGUGGAGAGUCUGACUGGACGCUGUUACUGGGAGGUUCAGUUGAGCGGAGAUGAAGCUGGCAUAUCAGUAUCAUACAAAGGAAUCAGGAGGAAAGGAAUCAGCGGUGAUUGUGUGUUUGGAUCUAAUCCACAGUCCUGGAGUCUGAACUGCUCUGAGAACAGUUACUCCGUCAGACACAAUAAUCAGGAAACUAUCCUACCUGCCUUCAUCUCCUCUAACAGAGUAGGAGUGUAUCUGGACUGGGGGUCCGGCACUCUGUCCUUCUACACCAUCUCCCCUGACACACACACACUGACCCACCUACACACAUUCACCACCACAUUCACUGAGCCACUCUACGCUGGAUGCUAUAUUGAAUCUGAUUCCUCAGUGAGUCUGUGUGAGAUAGAAUAACCUCUAACAGAGAGAGAGAGAGAGAGAGAGAGAGCAGGUUGGUAAAAAAGUGUUUGUUGUUUAUCAGAUUGAUCUCAGACUGUAAAUAUGAGGGAAAUUAAACCUUUCAGUGGUUAAAUUAUUCAAAAUAAAUAAUAAAAAAAAGAGUUUUUUCUAAAAUGUGAGUACAGAAAAAGAUUCACUAAACGGAAGAAAAAUACAAGACCAUGGGUUUAAAUAUGACAUUUCAAAUUCACUGUUGCAGAAACAUACACAUUUAUCACACACACACACACGUAUAUCCUGAUACUUUUUACUACAAUUAUGUUUAUUUGAAUUUAUUCUAAUGGUAUGUAGACAUUAAAUUACACUCGCUGGUGAGACAAAUGGUUUUAACACUGUGUUUAGAGGGCUGAAAUUUUUUUACAGUGAUGUAUAUACCCUGAAUAUAUUUCUGUAGAGUUCCAAAUGCAGUAAAAUUAAUAAAAUUCAGGUAUUUUAGUGUAGUAGCCCUUGGGGUGUUGGGGUCAUUACUCUAAAACAGUGCUGAUUGACACAUUAAUGAGUAAUGUUAAAGUACUGCUUUGCUGUACUUAUUUACUUAUUUACUCCCUGUGGACAGUAAUCCAAUACUCUACUCGGUACGUAGACAGAGAUUCUGCUGUGGAAACAGGCAUCAUUUCCUCUACUGUGUAUGAUGAUACAGGCCUGUUCAUCUCUGCACUGUAAAAAAAAGAAUCUUAAAAAAUGCUCUAAUGACUGGCAGCAAUUACAGUAAAAUAUUAAAAUUCAAAAAAGCACAAAAACAAUACAUUUACAGAAAUUUUCAAUAAAUGUUUUACAGAUAAAAACGUAUUUUACACAUUUUUCUUAAAUUAUUAUAAUCACACACCUUCAAUAAAACAACAGCAUUAAAGUUCUGCAGAGAAACACGGUUAUUUUGCAGAUUUUUGUCUUUUUUGUCUUUUUCAAAGACUCUCUGACUGUACAGAGACAGAAUAUUUCAUGUCUAUCAAAUUCCUUUGUUAUACCUAUUUAUAGACCCAAGUGAGAAAAUCUGCCACACCAAAUAAAGCACUUUAGAAGCAGAUCAGACAUAAAGGACCAAAAGUCACAACAUGAAUAACCUGUCAAUCAUUCAAAUUAAGCAAAAAAAAAAAUUAAAUUGUGUAAUUCUAAUGAUGUCAGACAAGGAUUUUACCACUGAUGUCAUUAUUUAAUGGUCAACAGUCAGUUUAUAAAAAAAGUGGAGUCUCGUAGCUCACCUGGUAGACCAAAGUAUGAGCAGAUCAAUGGGAGUGAGGUUGGUUUCUGUGUAGGCGACUGUCUGAAGUUUACAACGUGCAAGUACAUUUUGUUAAAGGUAUUUUAUGCUGCCUCAAAUGUAAAAACGUCAACAAUAUAUUGUAUAUAUACUUGAUUUGUAUUUAUAAAAAAAUCUUAACAACUUUCAGUGUAUUUAGUGCUGUGGUUCCUGUGAGUGACUCACAAAAUACAAAAAGCUGAAGGAAGCUUCACAUCUUUUCAUCUGAUAUUAAACUGCUAUUUUUUACAAGAGAAACAAUUGGCAUUUUAAAUUAAAUGUACUGAGGAAAAAGAUCUUUGUCUAAUUGUU